AUGAUCAAUAAAAUUGAUAGGAACAACUGGACAUUGGUGUCUGACUUUGUCCUCUUGGGAUUUACGGAAAAUAAAAAACUAAAGCUGCCUCUCUUUGUGUUUUUUUCUCUUGUAUACUUUCUUACAGUCCUCUGUAACAUUGGUAUGGCCGUCAUUAUAUGGAUCUCUCCACAACUUUAUGUAGCCAUGUACAUAUUUCUUUUUAAUCUUUCCCUCCUUGAUACCUUUUUCUCUACAUGUAUUUGUCCUAAGAUGUUAGCCACUUUUAUAACAAAGACACACAUCUCAUUUAUAGAGUGUGCAACACAGUUGUUUUUUGGAGUGACUUUUGGAACCUCAGAAUGUUUUAUCCUUGUUUUUAUGGCAUAUGACAGAUAUGUUGCAAUAUGCAGCCCCCUGAGUUAUCUAGUCAUCAUGACCAAUAAACUUUGUUUUACUCUAGUAACAAUAUCACAUAUCACUGGCGUUCUUCAUUCACUUAUCCACACUGUUGCCACCUUCAGCAUUUCUUUCUGCAAGUCUAAAAUUCACCACUUCUUUUGUGAUAUCCAUCCACUCUUGAAGCUCUCUUGCCAAGAAACAACUACCAAUGAGAUCCUGUUGUUUGCUUUCACUGGCUCUAUCACCAUGUUUUGCAUUAUGGCAAUUCUUCUAUCAUACCUCUGCAUUGUGUGUGCUAUUUUUAAAAUAAGUUCUGCUGGUCUCAGACACAGAACUUUUUCCACUUGUAGCUCACAUCUGAUAUCUGUAUUGUUAUUCUAUGGAAGCACAAUGUUUACAUAUGUUAGACCCAAUUCCAAAUAUAAAGAGCAAGAUCUUUCAGGGUCUAUUUUUUACACUGCAAUAAUACCUAUGUUGAACCCAUUCAUAUACAGUCUAAGAAACAGAGAUGUAAAAAAUGCAAUUAGAAAAACUUUAGGAGCAAGAAUACUUUGUAAUGGUUUAUGA